GAUAAUUCUCCUCGUGGGUGGGUCUGUUUCCAAAACUCAAAGCCAUUGUCAAAAGGCGUGAACAGCGAAGGAGAGAGAGAGCCGAGAGCGACUGGAACGCCGCUGUUGUCGUUUUGGUCUCUGUAAGGUCGCUUCGGUCAGCAGUCGGAAAUGGUGGAUCAGUUCGUGAUUGGUUGGAUCUCAGUCUCGUUGCUCAGCCUUAUUGCGUUCUACAAUCUGGUCCUCAAGAACAAGACUCCAACGGAUUCGUCGGGGAAGAUAACCGAAUGCGUCCAGAAUAAUAUCACGGCCAUUAGCGGCGAAUGCCAAUCCAAAGAUGGCGAUGUAGACGUAAUUAUCGUUGGAGCCGGUGUCGCCGGCUCUGCUCUUGCUCACACACUCGGCAAGGUCGGACGCCGAGUGCAUGUGAUUGAAAGAGACUUGACGGAGCCAGACAAAAUUGUUGGUGAACUACUGCAACCUGGAGGCUAUCUCAAAUUAAUUGAGUUGGGACUUCAAGAUUGUGUGGAGGAACUUGAUGCUCAGCGUGUGUUUGGAUACGCUCUUUUCAAGGAUGGGAAAUACACUCGACUCUCUUACCCCUUGGAGAAUUUUCACUCAGAUGUGUCUGGAAGGAGCUUUCAUAAUGGACGUUUCAUUCAGAGGAUGCGGGAGAAAGCUGUUUCUCUUCCAAAUGUACAACUAGAGCAAGGAACAGUUACUUCACUGCUUGAAGACAAUGGAACAGUUAAGGGGGUGCAGUACAAGACUAAGACUGGCCAAGAAAUGAUGGCAUAUGCUCCUCUGACUAUUGUUUGCGAUGGCUGUUUCUCAAACCUACGCCGUUCGCUUUGCAAUUCUAAGGUUGAUGUGCCAUCUUGUUUUGUUGGUUUGGUUUUGGAAAACUGCAACCUUCCAUAUGUAAAUCACGGGCGUGUUAUACUAGCAGAUCCUUCUCCCAUUUUGUUCUAUCAAAUUAGUAGUACAGAAGUUCGCUCUCUGGUUGAUGUUCCAGGACAGAAGGUUCCUUCUAUUUCAAAUGGUGAAAUGGCAAACUACUUGAAGACUGUGGUUGCUCCUCAGAUUCCUCCUCAAAUUUAUGAUUCCUUUGUGGCUGCAAUUGACAAGGGUAGCAUAAGGACAAUGCCAAACCGGAACAUGCCUGCUUCUCCCCAGCCUACCCCUGGAGCCCUGCUAAUGGGAGAUGCAUUCAACAUGCGCCAUCCUCUAACCGGUGGAGGAAUGACUGUGGCAUUGUCUGAUAUUGUUGUCCUCCGUGAUCUUCUAAAGCCUUUACAUGAUCUAAACGAUUCAUUUAGUCUCUGCAAAUACCUCGAAUCCUUUUACACUUUGCGAAAGCCAGUAGCAUCCACUAUAAACACAUUGGCUGGAGCUCUGUACAUGGUCUUUUGUGCUUCACCUGAUCAAGCAAGGAAGGAAAUGCGUGAGGCUUGCUUUGAUUAUUUAAGUCUUGGUGGAGUUUUCUCAACAGGACCAGUCUCUCUUCUUUCAGGAUUAAACCCUCGUCCAUUGAGCUUGGUUCUUCAUUUUUUUGCUGUUGCAAUAUUUGGUGUUGGUCGAUUGUUGCUUCCAUUUCCGUCGCCUAAGCGCAUCUGGAUUGGAGCCAGAUAGAUUUCGGGUGCCUCAGGAAUCAUCUUCCCGAUCAUCAAGGCGGAAGGAGUAAGGCAAAUGUUCUUCCCUGCAACUAUUCCAGCUUAUUACAGAGCCCCUCCUGCUAGGUGAAAGCCAGUUGGUUGGACAUUACAAAGACAUACACACACACUAGAGAAGGCAAACGUUGAGUCUGCUGUUAUCAUAUACAUUCAUUAUCUUGUUUGUACCUCUCAUCCCCUCCCCUUGCUCCAAAAGAAUUUGGGGAACAGUGUAAUGCUUCACCACUAUUUGUGCUGUAAACGAACGUUUUAGUGUCUAGGACUGUUCAUAACUUUAUUUUUUAUAAUAUAAUAUAAUUUCAAAAUCCAAAUUUUGUCAUUCUUUUUUGUUGAGUUUUCCAUCAAAACCAUUUUCUUUACAAUUUAUCAUCCGUCAACAAGCAAAAAUUGUAAUCUACAUUCUGGUGUCAAUCAAUACAUAUGUCGAACCAUGUAAUCGUUUGGCAUCCAUGAAAGCCAGCUCUAUGAAUCUUUAUUUUUUUUUU